UCUUUCCGGUCUUGUCUUCAGAGCACGCAGGGACCACGCACCGGAAAUCUCCCUUGGCGCUUAUCCUGUCGCUUUGUCCGUCUCCAUGCUUGGGCGCAUCCCAUAAGAACUCGGUCUUCGUUGAACUGGAAUGACAAUACCUUUCUUGGCCAGACCAUCUUACCACCUAUCGGACCGCAAUGUCUGAAACGAAGCAGACCUGUACCUGCGGCCAAUGUUUCGAGGGCUGGUUGUCGCCUAGGAUGAAGGAGCUGUUGGACUACUCCACGGAGCUUAGAUAUGGGCUCGCGAAGUCUCUCCUCCACACUCAGGACGGUGUUGGAGAAGAUGUCACAAGCGUCCUCCCCAUCGAUUACACCCACAUAGACAACUCCGUCUACUAUCUGCCCCUUGAAGUGCGCCACAAGAUCGGGCCCUCCACACAGUCUGGAGAUGCUGUCUAUCGUGGAUAUAUUGCCGUUUUCGAAGCAAUCAAGGACCUGCUCAGCGAGGAGCGCAAAGAUUUCCCCACUGUGGCUACCGUCUCCGCCAAACUCGCUGAGUUGCGUGACUCGGAAGACGCGUCAUUGAAACCCAUUGCCGUCUUCCUCGAUAACGGAGGCAAGGCAGAAUACGCGCUUGAUUGCAUUGUCGAUCGCGCGCGAGAGGAACUCACCCCGCUCGGUCGUCUCUACGAUGCGGAGACGCAGUACAUCGACGCAGUCCUCGACGGCGAAGAGAACCACGAGAAGUGCGCAAAUGACCUCGACUUUGGGCUGGUGCGCGAGAAGCUAGGGCUCUCCGUGGAGAGUCUGGGAGCUCUCCCAGACGACGACGAGGACUCUCGCGAUCCAGUGUCAGACGACGAAGAGUAGUGGAGGCUUGAGAUUUCUGAGAGUUGUCAUGGCGGAAAGGUUCGGAUAUCUUUCGGGCAUAUUGGAUACUCGCAGCUAAGUAGUGCAAUCCUAUACUGUAAUUGAAUUGACGUCAAGCGAUGCGUGCUGUUGUACAUGAGAUGUCAAUGCG